AUGGCCAAAAACUACUUCUUCGGGCUGAGAGGCUCCAAGUUGCGCGCGGCGCAGCUCUGGGCGGUCAUCAUGCCGGCGUAUCUUCUCUUCGGCUACAACCAAGCCGUGGCCGGCGGUCUCCUGGGUUUGCCGAGCUGGAUCGCGACCUUCCCGACCAUCGAUACGACUAACACGACCGGUGCGAAAAACGCACAAGCUGCGCGGAUCCAGGGAACGGUGGUGGCCAUGUACACCCUUGGCUGCUUUUUCGGCGCGCUGUCUUGCAUCUACUUGGGUGAUCGACUUGGUCGUGUUCGCUUGAUUCAGUUGGGCUGUUUGGUUUUUGUCGUCGGCGCCAUCCUGCAGGCUGCAUCUUACGAGCUGGGUCAAUUGAUUGUUGGACGUCUGGUCUCUGGUAUUGGCUUUGGAGCCGUCACAGCGACAGCGCCGAAUUGGCAGAGCGAGUGUGCGCCGGCGUCUCAUCGCGGCGCGGUGGUGAUCAUGGAGAGUCUCUUCAUCAGCGGUGGACUGGCCAUUUCCGCUUGGCUCGAUCUGGGCUUCUCAUUCACCACCGGCUCCGUAGCAUGGAGGUUUCCCCUGGCAUUCCCGAUGGUGUUUGCCCUCAUCACGACCGUCACCGUCGGCAUGCUCCCUGAGAGUCCUCGAUGGCUCCUCAAGAAAGGCCGCGUUGAUGAUGCACGAGAGGUCCUCGCUGCCCUGGACGGCGUCGAGCUAGACAGUCCCCAGGUUCAGCUUGAUAUUGACGAGAUUUCCGAGUCGCUGGCAGUCACCGGUCAAGGGCGCUUCAUCGAUUGCUUCAAGAACGGCGAGCUACGUCUCUUCAACAGGACAUGCCUUGCCUGCGCAGGGCAGAUGUUCCAACAACUCACCGGCAUCAACGCCCUGGCCUUCUACCUCUCCACCAUCUUCCACUCCUACCUCGGCCUCAACGCCGUGCAAUCCGGCAUCGUCGCCGCCUCCGUCUUCACCUUCCAAACCGUCUGCUCCCCCAUCGGCGUCCUAACCGUCGACCGCCUGGGCCGGCGCAAACUCAUGGUCAUCUCCGCCAUCGGCAUGGGCAGCUGCAUGGCCAUUGUAGCCGGCACGACGAGUCAAGGCGACAACAAGGCCGCCGAGGGCGUGGCGGGCGCGAUGAUCUUCUUGUUCUCCAUGUUCUUCCCUGUGGGCUUUUUGGGCUUGACGUUUUUGUAUGCGAGCGAGAUUAGUCCGUUGGUUGUGCGGGUGCCGAUUACCAGUUUGAGCACUGCGACGGCGUGGAUUUUCAAUUUUAUGGUGGCCGAAGUGACGCCCGUCGGCUUCGCAACGAUCGGAUGGCGAUACUUUAUCGUCUACGCCGCGAUCAACUUCUUUUUGAUUGCACCAUCCGUGUACUUCUUCUUCCCCGAAACCAACGGCCGCCAUCUCGAGGAAGUCGACCAGAUCUUCCGCGACAGCAAGAAUAUCUUUGAUCCGGUCAAGGUUGCGCGCCAAUUGCCUGCGCGCGCUUUGCAGGUGGAUGACUAUAGCGAGGAAGUUAAGCCUGGCAAGGUGGAUCAUUUGGAGUCGUAA